AUGGCCAAGACUGCAACUUCGGGGACUUACCCGAGCGUGUUCGAUUUCUGUUCAGGGAGGUGCCGCCAUAACUCUGGCAGCGUGGUUCAUGAGAAUGCUUAUAUCAGCGAGUUCCACCAUUGCUUCUCUCUGCCUUCGAAUCAAUCUGUGGAUGAUCACACGCAGCUAGAAGCACGGCUGAUUGGGGUUAAUGUGGUGAUUGGCGGGCAAGGCGAGUCGUGUGAUUUGGUCUGCACGUCGCAAGGGCAGUCGUGUAUUGUGAACAAGCUUCUGGUGCUCAAUCAGUGUGAGAUCAUGAAGAAGUAUAUGAGUUGUAAAGGAGGGUGUUUGGCUAGCGUCGGAAGCGAUCAGCCUGCUGAAGUUGUUGAUGAUGCUCCCAGAGAUCUGAAUCCCGGGACUUGCUUGUACACGAAGCCACAGUCGAUGCUCUCGUGUGACAGUUCUCAUCCUCAUACCCAGAGACUCUGCCCUUGUGCCUAG